AUGGAAGUUCUUACACGGAAGCACGACUUGCUCGCAGUCAGCGUGGAGAAGAAGGAGGCCUCUCUUCUGCGGAGCAAUCUCUCCUUCUACAAAAAGACGGGGACAUUCACGGCCUAUGGAACACAGAAUUACGUUGAAAUUACAACGGACAAAACGGUAUUUCUGAGUCUGCGCGAGAAACUGCGGGACAUCCACGUUAUUCUUGAGAAGGAAAAAAGCCUGGUCUUCCUCGUGGGGGAUCGAACCGUCGAAUGCUUUGAGGGGGAAAUCUCUCGGGGCGAACUUGAGCUCUCUUCUCCCAUUCUAUGCGUGCAAGUGCACCGGAAUGCGCUCCUUAUCCUGACAAAAAAUAUUUUAAAAGUCUACAACAAGAAUCUGAAAAAGAUACAGGAUAUUUCUUUGCCCUUAAAAUUCCCGGAAUCUUUCAGCAUUUUGGAGGUUGGGUCUGAGAGUGUUCUUGCUGUUUUAUCGCGGAGUGAGCGGACCUGCGUGCUUUUAAGCGGGGGAAAAGUCGUUAAAACGCUUUCAGUUGCAUCUGGCAGCUACUGCGUGUGUGUUUUCCCAGGGAAUAACGGGCCUUUUUGCGCAAUUACAGUGAAAAAUGCGAUUCGAGUCGUGGGCGUAUUCAGCGAGUUCGACUCCACGGCAGAAAGCGACCACAUCGGGCGAAUUGAAAGCGUCCGGUAUUCAGAGGGGCUUUUGUAUACGGCGUCCCGGGAGGGCGUUAUUUGCACGAUGAAGCCCGGGGACUCCGAGGCCUGUGCGAUCUACGUGGAGUCGCAGGGCAUUUCCAGCGUGGGCCUGGAGUAG